AUGCCGUGCCGGGCGCUGCCCUUCCGUGCCGUGCCGUGCCGUGCGGAGCCCGGCCAGCGCCGGGAGCCGCCCCGCCCGCGCUGUGCCCGCGGCCCCGGCUCUGCCGCGCUCGUCCCCGCCAAGUCCGGCCCGCGCCGGGGCCGCGCUGGGCGCGAGCGCAGCGCCCCCCUCCGGCCGCGCGCCGCCGGCGCAGCCGCGGCCGUUGCGCCGCGGGCGUUGCGGCCACAGGCGGCGAUCGGAGCCAUGGCGGAGCUGCCGCUGCCCGCCGGGCUCAGCGCCAGCGCCUUCCCCGCCAAGCUGUGGCGCCUGGUGAACAGCCCCCGCGUCCGCUCCGUGCGCUGGGACAGCCGUGCCCAGGGGCUGCUCGUCGACCGCUCGCUCUUCGAGCGGGAGCUGCUCAGCCCGGGCGACGCCCCCGGGGGCGGCGAGGGGCUGGGGCCGACGCCGGACUCCUUCCAAGCCACGCACUUCGGUAGUUUCGUGCGGCAGCUCAACCUCUACGGCUUCCACAAGGUGCCGAGCCGGGUUGGCUCAUCUGAGCCCGGCGAUGCCGGGGGCUGGCUCCACUUCAGGAACCCCAACUUCCGCCGCGACCGCCCCGACCUCCUGCUCCAUAUCAAGCGCCUGACCAGGGCCAACAGGCAGCGGCUGGCAGCGGGGCUGGAGGUGCGCAGCCGCCAGCCCAGCCGCUUCCAGCAGCUCCGCACGGAGCGGCCGCUGGCGUCCUUCCCCGCCGGGCAGCCGCCCAGAGCCGUGCUCUCAUACCAGGACCUCACUGCUGCCUCACCUGAGGGUUUACAGCUGCCUCCAGGCCCUUCCAGGCUAAGCGCAGGUGCUCAGGAGUCUGACUUCUUCCUGACAUCUCCCAAGAAAGUCUUUGCCUCAUCUGGAUUUCUUGGGGUUUCAUCAGAGGAACCAGGCACCAGAAAAUUUCAUCUCAAGCGUGAGCUCAUCAUUCCGCUGGUUCCCAUAGACUGCAGAUGCCGCCCUGAGCUCACCGUUUCUCUGCGUCCCAUAGACCAUCACAGCCCUUCCAUGGCCUCUCCAGAGGGAAGCAGCUGCACAUCUUCAGAGCAGUAUUUGCCAGCCUGCAGUUCAUCAGCCACCCCAGGCACUUCAGGCCCCAGCGCUCCAGCUGGCAGUGCUGGUUUUGCACCAUGGACAGCCCCCAGCUGGCUGUGGAAUACUCCUGGGCAAGAGGAAUUGCCACCACCAGAUCUGGACAUGGUGCUUGAGACGCUGGAGGAGAUGUUUUCUCCCUCUGCUCAGGUAACUGCAUUGGACAGGGAAGAAAAGGGCUGGGAGCUGAGAGCUUGUGAAUGUUGUUGCAUGGCUGAGAAGCAAAGGCUUCUUGAGUUCAGCUCAGUGAAUGGACAGGAAAAGAUUUGCUUGGUGAAACAAGACUUCCUAAAGAAGAGGGAAUGAAAAAGUCUCCCCCUGAAUAAGGAUGAAGAGGUGUGAGCCUGUGUUGGCCAGGUUUGGGUGCCUGUUUUCCUGGGAAGAAUCCCUCGUGCAGGGGUGUUUGUGGUGAGGAAGUGGAAGCUUUGUAGGUUCUAAGAGGCUUUGUUUGGUGGGAAAGAAGAGAAGAGUGUUUGGAGAAUUGCCAAGUGUCCCGUGCAGGGAGGGACAUGCCAGAGGUGCCUGUUCCAGCAGCAGAUGUGGGCUGUGCCUCUUUUGGGUGGGAAGGCCAAGGCAA